AUGCAACAAUGGGCGUAUUGGCCUCAUUUAUUAGCUCUAUCCGUCUUCGUGCUACUCGUUUACACCUUUGUUAGUCGCCGGUAUCUCCAUCCCUUGGCCAAGAUCCCGGGUCCAUUCCUGUGGUCCAUCUCGACAUUGCCAAUGCUAUAUCAUCAAGGCGUGAGAGAAGGGAAACUACUGCAUGAGCUGAUAAAGCUGCACGAAAAAUACGGACCAAUCAUUCGCAUUUCUCCGACCCAAGUUCAUCUCAACGAUCUCGACAGUUAUGAGAAAAUCUACAGUAUCGGCACCAAAUUCUCCAAAGAUCCAUUAUUGUAUGGUACCGUGGAGAAAACGAUCAAGACGCCCAUCAUUACCAGUAUGCUUUCAAAUGAGGAGCACAAGGUCCGCAGGACAGCCAUCAACCCCUUCUUUUCUCGUCGCUCCGUUCUGGACCUCGAAGGAGUUGUUGCAAGCAAAGCAAGCAAACUGUGUGACAUGCUGGAAGCAUGCGGCACUGAUGGGAAGCCAUUCGAUGCACAUAAUGCUGUGAGAGCAUUCUCUGCAGACGUUAUAACCGAGUACUCCUAUGGGCAUUGUUGGAAUAUGCUCGACAGAAAAGAUUUUGGCGUAUGGUACGAGGAAGCUAUUCGAGCUACCCAAUUCUUGUUCAUUUGGUUCCAGACCUUUCCAUUCUUGAUUGCAAUCUUUGAUCUCAUCCCGGAGUGGGUGAACGUUGCUUUAAAUCCUGGUUUCAAGCAUUGGUAUGCUAGUAUCGAAACAAUCAGACAUGCGGUCGAAGAGACCCGUAGCGAUAUUACCCAGGGCAUCAAACCAGAAAGAAGGACCAUCUUCCACGAAUUGAUCUCUCCUCGCAAUCCUGAGCCUGGCAUGAAACAGCACGCUCCUCUGUCCAACCAUGCAAUAUUUGCUGAUGCUGUUAACAUCACCGGCGGAGGCGGUGAAACUACGGGUGCUAUCAUUAUCCGUGCCAUGUUCGAAGUAGUAAACAAUCAGGUGAUCUACAAGAACUUGACCACGGAGCUCCGAGAGGCGUUCCCGGAUCCAGAAUCCAUGUGUUUGAAGUCUUUGGAGGCUUUGCCUUACCUGAAUGCUGUCAUUAAGGAAGCUUUGAGACUCAAUCCCGGAGCUCCUGGUCGUCUCCCUCGUGUUGUUCCACCUGGUGGCACAGACCUAGCAGGGGUCAACCUUCCAGGAGGGACGACUGUUAGCAUGAGUAUCUGGGUCAUGCACCAAAGAACUGACUACUUCCCUGAUCCUCGAAAAUUUAUUCCCGAUCGAUGGCUAGGCUCUAUUGAAGAAGUCCGUGCCAGGGAACGAUGUCUCAUGCCAUUUAGUAAAGGAAGUCGCAAUUGCGUAGGGCAAAACCUUGCAAUGUGUGAAGUGUACUGCAGUCUGGGUGCCAUUUUCCGUCGCUUCGAUGACAUGCAGGUAUAUGGAGGGUUUACACAUAGUGACAUGGAGAUGGUAGACUUGUUUAUAGGUUAUCAUCCAAGGAAGGCUAAGAAGCUCAAGAUUUACAGAACAGGUGUUGCUGCGUGAAAGGAGGGAGUGAGAAUUCUCGAAGACUUACUUGUAUGGAAGAUCAAAGCUUUUUAAUGCUACUCUUAGUUGAAGAAAUGGGCGGUUGAAAUUGUGUAGUGUUGAUCUUCGAUGUUUCAAGAUAGUGAAUAGGACAAGACGCGUUUACAAG